UUUUUUUCUGGCGCCUUUCUGUCUUUUCGCAUCUUCCCCCUCUCCCUCGAUGUCUCUCAACAGUUUCUGAAGGGACUGAAUGAAAGAAAAAUGAGGAUUAUCAUUUUUUCUUGGCACUUUCUCGGGGUGUAUUCCGCCCUUUGGGGGCUGGCGACAGGGGCUUUCCCCAGCUCAGUGCAGAUAGGUGGAUUGUUCAUUAGGAAUACUGAUCAGGAGUAUACAGCUUUUCGACUAGCUAUCUUCCUUCACAACACCAGCCCUAAUGCUACGGAAGCUCCCUUUAACCUGGUUCCACACGUGGACAACAUAGAGACUGCCAACAGCUUUGCAGUCACCAAUGCAUUCUGUUCUCAGUAUUCAAGGGGGGUCUUUGCUAUCUUCGGCCUUUACGACAAGCGUUCAGUAAACACGCUGACAUCGUUUUGUGGGGCCCUGCACAUCAGCCUAGUGACACCCAGCUUCCCCACUGAAGGAGAGGGCCAGUUCACGCUGCAGCUUCGGCCGUCCAUCAGAGGGGCUUUGCUGUCCCUGUUGGACCACUAUGACUGGAGCCGAUUUGUCUUCCUCUAUGACACAGACAGAGGUUAUGCAAUACUGCAGGCAAUUAUGGAGCGAGCGGGGCAGAACGGGUGGCAGGUGAGUGCAAUCUGUGUGGAGAGUUUCAAUGAGGCAGCAUAUCGGAGACUCUUGGAGGACCUUGAUCGCCGGCAGGAAAGAAAAUAUGUCAUUGACCUGGAGCCUGAGAGACUACAGAGCAUCCUAGAACAGGCUGUCAGUGUGGGGAAACAUGUAAAAGGAUACCAUUACAUCAUAGCAAACCUGGGCUUUAAGGACAUAUCUUUGGAAAGGUUCAUGCAUGGUGGGGCCAAUGUGACUGGAUUCCAGCUAGUGGACUUCAGCAAGCCAAUCGUCAUAAAACUCAUGCAGCGCUGGAACAAACUUGAUCAGCGUGAAUACCCUGGAUCUGAAAGCCCGCCUAAGUAUACCUCAUCUCUGACUUAUGAUGGUGUCCUUGUAAUGGCUGAAGCCUUCCGCACCCUUCGCCGUCAAAAAAUUGAUAUCAGUCGCCGUGGCAAUGCUGGUGACUGCCUGGCCAAUCCAGCUGCUCCCUGGAACCAAGGAAUAGAUAUGGAGCGUGCGCUCAAACAGGUGCGCAUUCAGGGCCUGACUGGGAAUAUUCAGUUUGAUCACUAUGGUCGGAGGGUGAAUUAUACAAUGGACGUGUUUGAACUGAAGAGCAACGGACCACGCAAGAUUGGUUACUGGAACGACAUAGACAAACUUGUGUUGGUCCAGAAUGAAAAUGCUCUGUCCAAUGACAGCACAGCCAUGGAGAACCGCACUGUUGUCGUGACAACUAUCAUGGAGGGGCCUUACGUGAUGCUGAAGAAGAACUGGGAGCUUUACGAGGGCAACGACCAGUAUGAGGGAUACUGUGUGGACUUGGCCUCUGAGAUCGCCAAACACAUUGGAAUUAAAUACAAGAUCUCCAUUGUACCAGAUGGAAAAUAUGGAGCCAGGGAUCCAGAAACAAAGAUAUGGAAUGGCAUGGUUGGCGAGCUUGUAUAUGGGAAAGCAGAAAUUGCCGUGGCCCCACUGACCAUCACCCUGGUGAGAGAGGAGGUGAUCGACUUCUCUAAGCCUUUCAUGUCUCUGGGAAUUUCAAUCAUGAUCAAGAAACCUCAGAAGUCUAAACCAGGUGUUUUCUCUUUCCUGGACCCGCUGGCCUACGAGAUCUGGAUGUGCAUAGUGUUCGCUUACAUUGGAGUCAGUGUUGUGCUGUUUUUGGUGAGUCGCUUCAGUCCAUAUGAGUGGCACGCAGAGGAACCAGAGGAGGGUGCCACAGAGCAGGGCCCCACUGACCAACCUCCAAAUGAAUUUGGCAUCUUUAACUCCCUGUGGUUCUCACUGGGAGCCUUCAUGCAACAAGGCUGUGACAUCUCACCACGGUCUCUAUCUGGACGUAUUGUUGGAGGUGUGUGGUGGUUCUUUACUCUUAUCAUCAUCUCCUCUUACACAGCCAACUUGGCUGCAUUUCUCACUGUGGAGAGGAUGGUUUCACCGAUAGAGAGUGCAGAGGACUUGGCCAAACAGACAGAGAUAGCCUAUGGGACACUGGACUCAGGCUCUACUAAAGAAUUCUUCAGGAGAUCCAAAAUAGCUGUAUAUGAGAAGAUGUGGUCUUACAUGAAGUCUGCUGAGCCAACUGUCUUCACCAAAACCACAGCAGAAGGUGUGGCAAGGGUCCGCAAGUCCAAGGGGAAGUACGCCUUCCUCCUGGAGUCCACCAUGAAUGAAUACACGGAGCAGCGAAAGCCCUGUGAUACCAUGAAAGUCGGAGGGAACCUGGACUCCAAAGGAUAUGGCAUUGCAACACCGAAAGGCUCACAGUUAAGAACCCCGGUAAACCUUGCAGUUUUGAAACUGAGCGAAGCAGGCGUCUUAGACAAACUGAAAAACAAAUGGUGGUAUGACAAGGGAGAGUGUGGACCCAAGGACUCUGGAAGUAAGGACAAGUCAUCCCAGGCUCUGAGCCUGUCCAACGUGGCUGGGGUCUUCUACAUCCUUGUGGGUGGCCUGGGCCUGGCAAUGCUGGUGGCCCUGGUUGAGUUCUGCUACAAGUCACGGGCCGAAGCCAAGCGCAUGAAGCUGUCUUUUUCUGAAGCCAUGCGGAACAAGGCUCGUCUGUCCAUCACAGGAAGUGUGGGGGAGAAUGGCCGUGUCCUGACGCCAGACUGCCCCAAAGCUGUGCAUGCUGGCCACGCCUCCCUCCGACACCCCGGCCUUGCAGUGGUCUCCUCUGGACUGCCCUGAAAACCAAAAAACACCUGCCGUGCCUUAACAACACACAAACAUUCACAGACUUUGACAAAGACGCCAACACACACUUGCAUACAAAAAAAAAAAGAAAUGAUUCUCUCACACCCGCACGUACAUGAUUAUAGCUACAGAAACUCAAAUAUUCAGAUACAGAGAAACACAUUUUUACACAAGACACACACACCAUGCAUCAUCAUUUCACUUUCCUGCUGCCACUGACUCAUUUUACAAAAGACUAAUGAAAUACAGCUGUGGAGUAAACGUGUAGAAACAGAAAAAUGGACAACUAUGAUGACACACUUGCCUGCAGCGUUCUUUUCUUUUUAAUUUUUUUGAGGAUGCCAUUGUCAUGAUAUCAUCGAACCAACGGGAAAGCCAGCACAGAUUUCCAUGAACUAUGAGCUGUGAACACAACCAUAAAACCGAUCAUGAUGAUGAUAGUGAUAAAGAUGAUGAUCACAGUUGACAAAAAACAAAAACAAAAAAAUAGACAACCAAACUACUGCUCCUGCUCUCUCUUCAUUGGACAAUAAGCCACACCCCUUAACAACGCCUUACUAAGACGACAAACAUUGUUUUCGUCAUCAUCAUCAUCAUGGUCAUCAUCCAUUUAACUUGCCUGCGAAGACUGAGUGCCAGCUAGUAUAACCCUUAGAAGACCAGAAAACUGUAAGCUUGAACAUUUGGACUACUCAGCCAUGGACUGUUCAAAAUGAAUGAAAAUGCUUAUAGAACGAUUUCUAACCCCAAUCCAGCGAGUUAAUCGAUAUAGAACAGAAGUAACCUCCAAAACACAGAAUACACAGGGGUUUGUAAAAGAAAAAAAAACAUGGUAAUUCAUGAAGCCCUUCAUCAAUAGCAUCAUCAUGACAGUAGAAAUUCUAAAUAGCAACGUGAUGAGUACUUUUUUUGCUGAGUGGGUGAGGUUGAAGCUGUAUAUUCAGUGAUCAAUAGAAAAAAGCUUAACUACAUGGGCAGAUCUCAAAUGGCUUCCUAACAAAGUGUGUCUCAGCCUGAAAACUAGGACCUCACAGUAGUUUGCAAAAUAAAUAAACAAGAGAGAAAAAAAAUACAGAGUUUAAAAUAUGUGGUGUAAAAGAAUCUUUAAAAUGUGGGAACAGAUUCACUUUCCAUGUGUAUCUUGAAUAAUUUAUCCAAAUAGUCCACCAAUGGAAAAGGCAAUUGAUAUUUCAACUAUAAAGACCAGCUGGUACAAUUUCCAGUUUUUGACUCUAAUGGGCAGUUUGGUUGUUAUUUGAGAUCCUCCAUCUUUUCCAGUCACUGGGAAAAGGUACCAUAUCAGAAAGCUUGCUUUUUAAAAACUCUUGUAAAUAACUGUGUAGCAAAACAGAAUUCACUUGUCUUUUUUAAUCAUCUUAGACAACAGUUCAUUGCAAUAAUGAAUAUUUAAAAAAAUGCCACUACUUGUAAUUAAGAGGAAACCUUUUUUUAUAAAUCUACAUAUUAUAUAUAAUACAAAUAAAUAUAUAGAGAGAGAGCUAUAGAAGACAUUGAUCACUGAUUGUCAGAGGCCAUGGCAUACAUUCUGUUAUAUGGCUGUUUUUUUGAUACCUUGAAAAUAUUUAAAUACCACAGUUUUUGUGUGUCCUAAACAGUAGUGAAUGUCCAUCUGGCACUCACAGAGACACACACACACAUGGAAACAUGUGCACAUACUUAGUUGCAUACACAGGGUCAACUCAGAGUAAUCACUCAAGCACCACUUUUCAUUGUCUAAUAGUGUCUUUUCCCCCCAAAUCUUUGUUUUAUUAGCUGCAUAGGCCGUUGAAACAAUGUAAAGAUGCCACUAUUCAUGACUGCAGCCUACACAGUGGCAAUGCAUUUAGGUAGGCGUGUAGAGUCGGUGGACCGGUGUGACAGCUGCACUGCUGGGAAAUUAUUUCGGGCAUUUUCAAGAGUGUAGCAUUAAUGUCGCAUUUUUUUUUUUUUAUCACAUUUUGUCAUCACAUUUUGUUACGUGUCUUCUCACCAUCUGUGAGUCAGUUACAUGUUCAAACUGAACAGGGUUUGAGCUUCAGUAAGUAGUUCAUGUUUUUUCCCCCAAAUCUAUAUGGUACGGUACAUUUUUUGGAGGGGGACAUGAAAAUAGAAAAAUAUUGCAUUAAAGGACAAGUGUGUAUGAGUUAGUGACAUCUAGCUGUGAGAUUGCAGAUUGCAACCAGCCAAUUACUGUAAAAGAACCUGCAGUGGAUGUCACUUCAACAGAAAAACACAAAGGCUCUCUGGCAUUUUGGUCGGUCUGUUCAGGGCUUCUGUACAAACAUGACAAGAUCCACUGAAGAAAACCCACUCCCUGUGUAUAUGUGAAGGGCUCAUUCUAUGGUACUGAAAACAGUAAAUCGUGAUUAUACAAUGAUGAAAGUAAAAUUAUUAAUACCAUACUAAAUGUCUGCUAAUAAAGCACCCUAAAUCCUGCAUACUGACCCUUUAAGAUUUGAAAAAAAUCUUAGGAAAAAAAUGAUGGAAUUAAAAUAGUGCCGUUCUUUUGUUGUAAUACAGCUAAAGCAUGAUGCUUAGGAUCUGUGUCAUAAUACAGUAUGAUACUGUAUGUGAGAAUGAAAUGUUUAUGUUUUCUGCCCUUUCUCAUUUCUCCUGUCUUUCCGUGACCUUUCAGCUCCUCUUAGUUUUUUAUUUUUUUAUUUUUUACAGUUUGUCCUUUACCCUACCUCUCACCUAUUUAGUUCUUCAUUGUUCCUUUCCUUGUUUUGUCCUCUCCUCCUUCAGCUUGCAUCUCCCCUAACACGUGCGACAAAAAGCUCUGUACAUAGCGCAUCUCAAGAAUGACAAGUUUAUUUUAUUUCCUGCCCUAAUCCACUGCAAAGUAACCGGAGAGAGAUUAAUCAAGAACCUGAGACACCAGUUGACAAUCUGAGUUUCAACGUUUGUUCUCAACGUUGCUUUCCUUUUGUAUCAUAACCUUCUUUGUUAACUGGCACCUCGUCAUGUAUUAGUCCUGCAUCAGAUUAUUCCAGCCAAACACAUUAACAGAAUAGAAUAUCUUGAAUCAAAAUGUACUUCAUACAGCUGAUUUAAACUAUUUAUAAAUGAAUUCAAUAAGGUAGACAUUUUCUAUUUGCUUCUCAGCUGAGUGGAUCAGUAGCCAACAGCAGUACUGUACCAAUCCAGCAUGAGAGAAACUGCUCAAAUAGUGGCUUUUCAAAAGCUAUCACUAAUCCAGCUCACCAGACCAGAAACACCAGACACUUCAACCUCACAUGAUACUGUUGCCUUUUUUUUGUUUUGGUUUUUUUGUUAAUUUAUUUAACUUUUCACCACCAGAGCAUUAGAUUUCAUACAAAGACAGCAAAAAGCUGGCUGCCGGGCUGUCAACAGUCUGGCUUUAACACUGUUUCUUUCUUCCUUUAUUUCUUUUUUUUUUUAUUUUCCAUGGGUUUUCUUUUUUCUAGUAAAA